AUAAAAUGGCGAUAUGAGCAAAUACAGCCAGCUGACGGAGAAAUCCGACUGGGAACGAGUUUAGGCGAGCGGUCAAUUACUCUGUUGUAGUCGCCAUUUUAUCGGAAAAUUAUCGGUGAUCGGUUGAUCGUGAUUUAACACGGUUUAUAACGCGGCCUUCCUAAUUUUUCUCGAAUUAGACAGGCACCUCUUCAAAAAAGUCGGAUCAGCGAUCUUCCUUUAAACCCCUUGCGAAGCCCAAAUGGCUUGCCUGAACACCCUCAAACAGGAGAUCAAAACCCUCGAGUCUGUCUUCCCCAAGAGCCAUGAGAGGUUUCAAAUAAUGUCCGCGAGUGUGGACGAACUCAGUUGCAGGUUCGUGGGAAAAAAUGGAAAGAAGUACGAAAUUCACGCCAAUAUCACAGAAACGUAUCCCUCAACUCCACCAGUUUGGUUUGCCGAAUCCGAGGAGACAAGCGUGACGAAUGCAGUUCAGAUUUUAAGUAACACAACUGGACGUGACAAUCACGUGAUUAACCAGGUAGGAAUACUCUUGAAGGAGUUGUGCCGCCUACAUUCCCUACCAGAACCUCCAGACGUCGAACGACUCAGAACAGCUUUGGAUCCUCUUCGUUUGGGAGCAACAGCGUCAGUGCCACAGAGGAUGGAGGCUGAAGACACAGAGGACCUCGAUGAUGACGAAGAAAGCGAAGCCGAGGAAGACCUUCACCUCGAUAUGGAUGAAGGCGAAACCAACGCUAAAAGCAAAGGAGAAGAAAUGGCGCUGGAACACCUAGCAACUUUAGAAAGGUUGAGACAAAAUCAGAGACAAGAUUACUUAAAGGGUUCCGUUUCUGGAAGCGUUCAAGCUACAGAUAGACUUAUGAAAGAAUUGCGCGAUAUCUAUCGAAGUGAUAGCUUUAAAAAAGGCAUGUACAGCAUAGAACUUGUUAAUGACAGUCUCUAUGAAUGGAAUAUUAAACUAAUGUGUGUGGAUCCUGAUUCGCCCCUGCACAACGAUCUCGUACUUCUUAAAGAAAAAGAAGGAAAAGACAGUAUUUUACUCAACAUGCUUUUUAAGGAAACGUAUCCUUUUGAGCCUCCAUUUGUACGAGUAGUGCAUCCCAUUAUUUCUGGCGGAUAUGUCUUACUUGGCGGCGCCAUAUGCAUGGAGCUGUUAACAAAGCAGGGCUGGAGUUCGGCUUAUACGGUUGAAGCCCUGAUCAUGCAAAUAUCCGCAACAUUAGUCAAGGGCAAAGCUCGAAUCCAAUUCCCUGGUACUACAGGCAGCGGAAAAGUCUGUGGAGGACAAGGACAAUAUAGUCUUGCUCGAGCACAGCAGUCCUUCAAAUCCCUCGUUCAAAUACAUGAAAAGAAUGGAUGGUUCACACCACCCAAGGAAGAUGGCUAAUAAAACUUUAAAAAAAUUGAUGAUGGUCGACGAAAGGACGCGCGGUUGCAAUAGAAUUGAUUCGGUGUGUGCCCAUAAAAAAAAAUAAUAAUAAUUUUAACAUUACAAAAAUUUGAUACGCAGACACAUUAUUGUAGGUAAAAUGUGUGUGAUGGACGCAAUUACGCAUAUAAAAAAAAAAAAAGGAAACAAGAAGAAAAUAAUUUUAUCGUGCUUCCCCACAAGGAUUUUACCCGUUUUUUUUAGAAAAAAAAAUCAAUGAUAAACCAGAUUGGUUACUCUCGAAAUAUGACUCUUUUUUAAAAUAAGGAGUUGUUAAGAAUUUUUUUGCUGAAUAAUUUCGUUUCCAGGGGAUCAGACGGAUAGUUUUAUAGUUCUAUAUUAGCGUAAAAGUAAAAGGUUUGUAACAAUCGACGACUGAAAAAUGGUUGCAUUUUCUUUUUUUACAGUAUCAAACAAACAAAAAAAAAAAAAAAAAAAUCAUAGACCUUUCACUUUCAAUAUACUACUGAGCAGCUUUUUAUUUUUAUUUUUCUCCGUCUUUUGUUUUAUUAAGUAAGAUUCUUUUGUGCAAUUGUGAUUAUUGAGAUAUUUUUCCGAUCUUUUUUUGCUUUGAAAACAAAGUUUAAAACAAAAAUAUCGAUGUAAACUUUGUUAUUACGCAAAUAAAAAUGAUUCGUGUUUUAUGUAAAAUUAUUUAUUUUCACUGAUUGGAUAAGUAUUUCUGAAAUCAGUUCACGAGAAUUAUGCUUAAUUUGUUAAUUCGAGUGAAAAUUUAAAUAAAAAAUUGUUAUUUUUUUGUGAUUUAUCUUCAUUAAGAUAUAUUUUUCUAAAUUAGUGUAAUAUAUGUAUUAUUUUUUUAAUUAAAUAAAUUUAGAUUAAUAUUGUUUAAUCGAAAAUAGUUAAUAAUAAUAAUAAUUACUUUUUUUUUUAUAUAAUAUUUAUAUAUUAAUGUUACCAAUUGUGAGAGAGCGUUUGUUUUUAUUUUCACUCGAAGAAUAAAGAAUUCAUUAAUUGUGAAAACAAACAAAAAAUAAAAUAUCAAGCUUGCAAGAGUACACAUAGGCAAUAUACGAUGUGUAUAUGUGUGUGACAAGAAAGUGAUUCGCCUUUUCUUUAUAUAUACCUAGUCUUGAAUUUAAAAAAAAAAAAAAUUAAUUUUUCCUUAUCAUUUACGUGGAUAAAAUUUUUUUUUUUUUAGUAUAAACAGCAGCACUCAUAAAAUUUUCUUCAACUGUCUGACAUAUGAGUUUUGAAAGAAAUGAAAUUUUUUUUUCUUGUAAUAGGCUCUUAGCGAGUUGAAAAAAAAAUAACGCAUUGAGUCACUGAGUAAAUGGAUGUGAAUGUAUAAAUUUUGUGUUUAUAUAAGUAUGAGAGGAAAUAAGAUUCGAAAAUGAAACGAAAGACAAAUUUCAGAAAAGAAAUGUGGAUAAGACUAAAUAAACAAAAAAAAAAAAAAAGAAUAAAUAGUGUGAUUGUCAAUAGUUUAAAAAGGAGAAGAGACGCACGCAUCGAAAAUUGUAAAAAUAAGCUAAAGCACAGUCUCUUCUCUUCGGAAGCGAAUGUAUAUGUAUAUGUACAUGUAUAAAUAUAUACAUAUACAUAUAUAUUAAACUAUUAUCGAUCCAUUUACUUGAUUCCUUCGUUCUCAUUCGUGUGUAAAAGGAAAAAAAUGGAGGUCUCAUACGUGUCCACCCUUUAAACUUGUAGUUUUUUAGAUUUUUGUAAUACUGUGUUAAGCGUAUUAGUGCGAUAUUACUUUUUAUUUUAAAAAAUCGCUUUCCAAGAUUGAAUGCGUUCACUGAAAAUCACAUCUUGGAUUUAUUUUUUUCUAUAUAGAAUGUAAGUUUUACAUUUUAAUGUAAGAGCGGAAAAGAAAAAGAAAAAAAUUUUUUUUUCCGUAUGGAUAAUAAAUUUUCUUAGCGCCAAAUGGAGGUACAAAAAAAAUAUUAGACAUUGCACUACGAUUGAUAAUAAUUGUAUUUAUAAAGUUGAAAAUGCAGAAAAAAAUUAUGUUUUAUUAUUUAGUUUUAGAAAAUUUCUUGACCAUAUCGUUUAAAUUAUUAUUAUUAUUAUUAUUAUUAAGAAAAAAAAGCGAGAGAAAUAAAAUACAAAACAAGGUGUGAUUUUAGUUAACGGAGAGAAACGCUUUUAAAAUUUGUUGCGAUGAGAUAUUUUAACUUUCGUUAAUAAAGUUAAUUAAAAAAAAAGAAUCUGUUAAGUAAAAGACAAAUAUGUUUUUUUUUUAUAUUUUAUUUUUUUUUCUAAUGAUUUAUAAUUUUGAUGAGUAAAAACUACUUUGUCUCAUGUGAUUCGAACAUUCUACUGUUUCUCUCUGCUUUAAAGUAUUUUCUCCAGAGGAACUUUAUUUUUGUGAAAAAAAAAAAAAUGCUGAUGUUUUGUUUUUUGAGUUUGUAAUUUCUCAGCUGCGUUAUGUAAAGUAAGUUUUUUCAAUUGUUUUUUUUUCUCAGUAUGUAUAUUUACAUUGAUAAACUCUCAACAUGAAUAUUA